AUGAAGAUGUCGGACGCCUGGGAGAACCAUCUCCACCUCUCUCUCCUCGGCGAACAUGUCCUCUUCCGACAUCUGCAGCUCGAUUCUGCCUGGACGUUCAUUCUUGCAUCAAUCCUCACAGUGUUCAUAUGUCUCACCGAGCGACUCUUGACGUAUGGCCUAUCGAACCGCUGGGACCCGUCACGAUCGUGCCGCUCAGGCUCGCGCCUCCGUAUUCUCGUAUGGCGUACAUGUUUGUACUGGGUGGUCACCUUUGACAGAUUGUUGUACAUGCUUAUUGCAAUGACGUUCAACCUUGGUCUAAUUAUAAUUACAGCCACCUCUCUAUCAGCUGGUCAGUUCGUUAUCGAGUAUCUGAACACGCCUGCUGCCCAUCCUCCCGACCCCGAGAAUGUGAAGGAGCCGCUUCUCUCUGACUGCUACGAGCCGCCGACGCGGCGCGAAUCUUACCCUCCUCCAGUAAAUACGACAGGCCGGCCCCGCUCCAAGUCUAAACCCGAGAGCAUAUUCAUCCACCCCUCCGAGUCGAACAUUGCACGUGCCGACGUGGCUGCCAUGCAGCUUGGUUUGUCUGGCGACACAGAUAUCGUCAAGUGGAAUGCCUACCCGGACAACGGCGAUGCCUGGCAGCUGGGCAAGGGCAAAGACGUCGCGCGAGAGCUGUUGGGUCGACCAUAA